UAGAGCAUGCCCUAUAAUAUUGGGUUUUACUUGACGGUGCUUCCUUUUCCGCUGAGUUCUUUUAGUCGAACUUGACGUGGUUGAUUUUGUUUCUAACCAUCAAAAUGGGUCGGCGGCCAGCAAGAUGUUACCGCUAUUGUAAGAACAAGCCUUAUCCCAAAUCGAGAUUUUGUCGUGGUGUACCAGAUCCCAAGAUUCGUAUAUUCGAUUUGGGCAGAAAGAAGGCAUCGGUUGAAGAUUUUCCUUUGUGUGUUCACUUGGUUUCCGAUGAAUAUGAACAGUUAAGUAGUGAAGCUUUGGAAGCUGGCCGUAUUUGCUGCAAUAAGUAUUUAGUAAAAUACUGUGGUAAGGAUCAGUUCCACAUCCGCAUGCGCCUUCAUCCAUUCCACGUGAUUCGUAUCAACAAAAUGUUAUCGUGUGCUGGAGCUGAUAGGCUUCAAACUGGAAUGCGUGGUGCCUUUGGUAAGCCACAGGGAACCGUCGCCAGGGUACAUAUUGGCCAACCGAUAAUGUCUGUUCGCUCAAGUGACCGUUACAAGGCUCAAGUAAUUGAAGCUCUUCGUCGUGCUAAGUUCAAGUUUCCUGGACGUCAAAAGAUUUACGUCUCCAAAAGAUGGGGAUUCACUAAAUAUGACCGAGAUCGUUAUGAACAACUUCGUGACGAAAACCGAUUGGAACCUGAUGGUUGCAACGUUAAAUAUCGGCCGGAACAUGGACCUAUAGCAGCGUGGGAAAAGGCUCAACGCGAUCUUUAUGCUUAAAUUAUCUAAAAGCUAAUUGUUCAAUAAAAUUUUUUAUUGAGAACUAAUAA